CCCAACUUUGCAGGUAGGUAGCCCCAUCGCCACCACCUGUCGUCCUCGCCGCCGCCGCCACUCAUGCAGAGACUUUCGAAGUAGAGCAGCACCCCAAAGAGCGAGGAGGAAACCGACGUCACCCCAAGCUGCAGCCAAUUUUUUCCCUCUCUCUCCAGCAUAUGAAGGGACACUUUUAGCUUCUGGGUGAGUGCGUGUGGAGAAGGAGCUGCUCUCCGCCUGCCAAAGGAGAGGGAGAGCAAUCAGGGAGCAAUCAGCAACUCCAACCCUCCCAAGGAAGAAGAUUUAAUUUCUGAUCUCAUUUCUCAAGAUCCACCCCCAGACAAAACUCUUCCAGCUUCAAGCCUCUCCGAAUGCUUUUCUCCUCUUCGCUUUGAAGCCAGGACCAAGCUCCCACCCACAACCCCGCACUCAUGGUCUUUUCAUUUCUGGUGGAGAAUUAUGGAUGGGGAAGCAAAGCACCACCACCAUCGCUGACCAGAGGCCUGGCGUGGUGGUAGCAGCGUGAUUUCUCAGGCCUGGAAGCCGAAGAAGUCUGGAAGUCCCCUUCCGUCAGACAUUUCCGAGCAAGCUUCUGAGAGAGUUCCCAGGAGGACUGAACCCAACGGGGCAAGUUAUGCAUCUGCAUGGUUCAGAAGAGGCUGGAGAAGAAUCUCUUGUGACUUUGCCAUGUGUUUUAUAGUCUCUUGUUAGACUUCAGGACUGGUGGCCCACUCUCCCCUUCCCUUUCCCCUGUUUCCUGUGUGGCCAAUGCGAGGGGGAGAAAUGUCUGGCAGCAGAGCAAGGAAGGUCCAGCCGUUCACUAUUACCACCAAGCUUUCCCUACCCAAGUGCUCCCUGGACUUUCCAGGAGACAGCUGCCCCGACAUAGCUGCUCUGGAUAAUCACGCCCUGCACCAAAACCUCAAUGAGCGUGUGUCUCUAUAUCUGACUCGGGCUUCUCCCGUGUCCUCUGAGGGUAGGUUUGACAGCACCAGCCCCAUUGAGGUGGCCACCAAUGAAGAUCGCAUCAACCGCAACUCUCUGUCCCGCUCCAUCAAGAAAAUCACCUUGUCCAACUGGCACGGAGAGCCUAAUCCAGGGGAGGAAACAUCAACUCAUACCCAUUGUGAGAGGAACUGCAACAAUAACAACUGCAGAACAGGGAAAGCACAGUUUAAGGUCCUUCUCAGAAAAGAGGUGGAAAUAGAAGAAGAAAAGCAAGACUCUAAGAGGCCCCAGGCUAGUGGUCAUUCUUCAUUGGGCAGAGUUGCUCCUCUUCACAUGAUGUCAAGCUGUGCUGUUGCAGGUCCCUGGAAGAAGAAUGUCAAGAACAUAGAGGCAGGCGAAGUAGCAGGGCUGAAGCCUUGCCUCCAGAGCAGCCCAGGGCUGGCUGACCUUUCCAAAUGGAGCCCUCACAUAGCUCAGUUCAACUGUGACAUGAUGCAGGCUGAGAAAUGGGUGCGAGCGAAACUCCGAGACCUGAAGGAUGGUUGCAGUAUUCAGGAAUGGGAGCGGGCAGCUCAGACAUUACAAAGAGACAUGAAAGACUUUGAGAAUACCAUGAUCAAACUGAACCAGAUGGGUGACCAGCUUAUUGUCCAGUCAAACUCCAGUGCUGAGAUAGCGAGGCGACUACAAACCCUGCGCGAACAGUGGCAACUGCUGAAGCAGAUGGCAGCAAAUCAGAGCAAAGCAGUGAGCGGACUUAGAAGCUUACAAGAGUUCAACCAGAAAGCUGAGCGACUAGAAGCUUGGAUCAGGCAGAAGGAAGAGAAACCUUUGCUAACUGCCCUGCUGCAAGAGAAUGCAGACAAGAUUCAGCUUACCCGACGCAUCCUUGACUUGAAACAGGAGGAGCAGCAGUUCCAGGCCCUGCAUGAGGAAAUGAACAGCCUGGCUCACAAACUUGAGAAGCAGGGGAAGAGCGAGAGCAGGAGCAUUAUGGCACGGCGGAAGCAUCUCAAUAAAAUGUGGCUGCAUCUCCAGGGGACACUGAAGGAACACCAUGAGACCCUGCAGCUGGCUCUGGAAGCAGCUGCCUUUGUCCAGCAAGCAGAAGUGCUCCUUGGGGCCAUCCAUGCAAAGCGGAGGAAUCUCUGUGGAGUGGGGAAACAGAGGGAACCUGAAACCAGCCCAGACCUGGAUGUCAGGGAUAUAGCUAGUCAGGUCAUGAUGCUGGAUGUGACCGUGUCCCAGUUGACAAGCCUCCAUCCCAGCCUAGUAGCACGAGUCUCUCUCAAGCAUCAAGAUGUGAAGGAGAGCUGGACCCAGCUCCAGCAGUUAUUGAGGAGAUCAAUUGAUUCCCCAAAUCGUGAGCAAGUGAAGAUGAUGCCCAGCAGUGCAGGGAGAGAGGCUGGAGGAAAAGCUGUAUGGGAGAUAUGGAAGGACAUCCAAAGAAGCCAAGAGGGCAACACAGACUCACCAGGCAAGGAGGCCAUCACCAGUGACAGCAGGAGGAGGAGGAAGAAGCUUCUCUGGCAUUCAAAUCCCUUGAAGGACCUGCCCCAGCAGGAGGCACAACUUCAGGACUUCUGCCAGGUUGCUGAUGGGGAGCUACACAGUUGGAGUCCUCAGGUGGAAGAUGCCCUUGAGGAACUGGAGGAUCUAUGGGAGGAACUGAGAAGGCGGCACCAAGAGAAUGGCGUGGCCCUAAGGGAGAUUGAUACAGCUCUGCGGUUGGUUGGGGAGAUAGAAGAGGCUGAGUGUUGGCUAGAAACUGUGCUAGGCUUGCUCUAUGAGCCAGCAGCAGCAGCAGCAGCGAACCUUGAUGACCUCCAUGGGGACCUAGAGAAGGUUGGCACCCUGGAGAACCAAUUGGAGGCGUGGCAUAUUAAGCUUCGAGCCCUGCAGGAGGAAAUGAAAAUGGACUCCCCCUCGGAACACACAGCAGCCGCAAUGAUUCAUAGAAAGAUGGAACGAGUGAAGGAAAAGUUUGCCUGUGUGCAGGAGGCUCUCCGGCGCCGAACAUCAGACUUGAAAGAUGCCCUGGUUUUAACCAAGUUCUUGCAGAAUGUGCAUAUGGAAGAAAUGCUGAGUCACAAGAACCAAGUACAGGCAGUGCCGGACCAGCUAGGCUCCCAAAAGCCUCUGCAGCUCCUCAUAGCCCAGAGUGCUCAACAGCUGAGCAGUGAGGACAUGAGCAGGUCACUGGAGGAAUUGCAAGAAGCAGUGGACAUGCUGAACAGUGUCAUGAAGGAGCGCGAGCGGGCCAUGGAGGCAGUGACCAAGACAGAGAACCUGAAGUGCUUUGAGCAGGCCUUCACAAGUGUGGAGGAAAUUAAGCUGGCCUGGGUCACCUCACGGAUCGAGACAAUGAGGAACAAAGCAGAAACACUGGCUCAGGACAUAAUGCAGGCAGAGAGAAGCUUUGCCACAGUGAAGAGUGAGGUAGAUCUUCUGGAGCUGCAGGGGCUCACAAAAAGGCAGAAAGAGAUAGAGAGUGAAAUUUCUAGCCUGGAAGGGGACAUGGAGAAAUUAGAGAGGACCUUCAUUGAGCUGGAAGAUUGCUCUCUGACUGAAAUGCCAAAUGAGUCCAGAAGAAUCGGUGAAACAUUGGAGGCUUGGAAAGAUCUGCAAAAGCUGGUGUUGGGAAAUGCAGUUCAUGGACAGCAAGCUGCUCAUUUGCGGCAAUUCUUCAGAGCUUAUUUAGCCAUUAUCUCCUGGACAGAAGAUACUCGGGCACAGAUAUUCUCUGAGACUAUGAGUACCCAUGGUCUCUCAGAAGCUCAGUGGGAAGACCUGGAAAGUAACAUGGAGACUAAGUUCAAGGAGUUUGAGGAGCUGGCAGCAGUUGGAUGGAAACUGGUAGCUGAGGAGCACAGCUUGAGUGAGACAAUAAAGGAGCGAAUGGAGGAGCUGCAAAGCAUGCUGGGAUGGGUGAUGGUGCGCUGGAGAGCACAGAGUUCCCAGAAGGACCCUGGCAGUAAGAGUGAUGGCAGGGAGACUCAGAAUGGCACGCUGAACAUGACUGAGCACUGCCAAAUUAAAGUAGUUCCUGAAUCAGGUGUGGGUGAAGCAAAUGGUAUCCUUAACUCCAGUGUUUCUGAGAGGCCUCCACUCACCCUCGGCUCCCUCCCAAAUGGUUCAGCAGCACAGCAAGAGAGCGAAUCGGUCUCCACUGCAGUGCUAUCUACCCUGGAUGUUCUUUCAGGGCACAGGCAGAGUUUGGAAGAAUUGGAAAACCACUUGCCCUUUGAGAUGGACGUCCCGAAGGAGACUCUGAUCCUAGAACCCUUGGAGACUCCUGUGCUACUGGUGCCCCAGCCAGGCCCUGGCAGUCUGGGUGGCACAGUGAACCUGAUAUUGAGCAUUGGGAAGAAAGCAGGGAGAGAAGCCACAGGAAGCCAGGUUGGAGCAGCACCAUCAAUGGGACAGGAAACCUUGCACAAGGUGAGCACCUAUUUGCACGUGAAGGAGAAAGAGGGAGACAGAGAUGCAGGCAUGGUUUGUGGAAGCUCCACUGUGCUGCGGCCUGCUAAGCAAACGCCCCCCGGAGCUCACUCUUCCCCAUUUCCCAGUCCUGGGUGGGGCACCUCAGCCUUCCACACUUUACCCAAGAUCAGCUCCAGCUGCUUCUUACGGAGCCUGAAGAGAAAAGGCAGAGUGGAGGCAGAAGAUGCCCAGCUACUCACCUUGCAAGGGAUCAUGGGAACUGAACCAAGCGACCUGCAGGCAGGGCAAGGGGAGAGGCGCAGCACUAGUAGCACCUGGCCCCCAAAGGGUAACAGGAGGGCACAGGCUUUGCAGGCAGUGUGCCCGGCACUCUGCAGAGAGUUGACAGACUAUGUGAAGAACCCAUUGGCACGGGCUAUUGAUGCUGAAUGUGACUUGGUUAGGGAAGUAUCUGGAUGUCAUGUGUUCCCAAGAGAGAGCAGAGGUCUCAACAGCCCCCCAUCACUGGUAGAGCAGAUGAGCAACACAUGCCAGCAUCUUCCUCUUGGUUCUGUCCUGAGCCUGGAGCUCCCCAAGGAUCCCACAGUCCUAAGGAAUAUCCAUGAUACCAUCAGAGUAGCAAAAGAGGGAGCAGCAGGAAGGAAGGGAAUAAGCCAGGCCUGCCAGGGAGCUCGGAGCAGCCCAGCUGGGACAAAAGUGCAGGAGAUUGGUAGUAGCCUGAAAAAGAGAGUGCUCGGAGGGCAGCCAGUCAUGCACCAAAGGCCCCUCAAGCCCAAAGAUGCUCGUGACAAGCUUCCCCAGGGUAAAGGAGGCACAUGGUUUGAAGAGGUGAGCAUCAACCCAAGCUACAGCAGGCAGAAGGCCUGCUUUGGUGCUCUUUGUGGAGAAGACAGGCAGAGUCCGAAUAGCCAGAGCAGUCCCAGUGACGACUUCCUAGAUUUCGAGCAGAACCGGCUAUCCCGCAUUAGUGUCCUGCAUGAGCAGAUAGGUAUAGAGUGGGACAGACUAGCUACCUCACUGGGUAUAACUGGCAGCUCCAAGGAGGCGCAGGUAAAGGCUCCUGCUGACCACAAAGCCAGAGAAGCAUCUUGGGUGAAGCUGAAGCCCUCGCCUGCUAAGCACACGGGCAGCUCCGAUGCAGUUUCCAGCAUAGCCAGAACUAAGAACUCUGCUGUGAAUGGGGCAGCAGAGAAGGGAAGCUGUGCGAGAACCUCGCCCUCCUUCCUCCACCUGCGGGUCAAAUCUCCUGCCAAGCUGUCUGUAUUUGAUUGUGAACUAGGCACCCCAACACCCUCAGGGGUGGGCCCUCUUGUCCUGGCUCCUGGAGGAAGCACGACUAAAGAGCCAAAGUUGCUGGAGGCUUGUCACCCUGCCCACGAGUUGUUUGAAGAGGAGGAAGAGGAGCUGCAGGCCAUAUGGAGCAAUGUGGAGAAGCACAAGAAAAGCUCGGGGAUCCACAGCAGCCCUGCUGGAAAGGUGAAUAAGCUGCAAAGUCCAGACAGCUCUGGUGAAAGACUCCUCCUGGCAGCGGCAGACAAUUUGUUGGUGGCUAAGUUCAAGCUCCCCGCCCCUGCCCAGCUGCUUCAGAGGUCUGAAGGAGAAAGAGGGACUAGUUGUGGCAGUCCAAGUCGGUGCCGGGCACCCAUGCCUUCUGGCCAGGAGCCAUCAGAAGGGGCAGUUGCUGCAGCUGUGAGGUCACUGCAGAGUACCUGCCCAGGGACCCAGCAGAAGCUUCAGGCGGAGGGCAGAAGUAUUGGAAAGACUCUUCCCAGUAAACUUGAGCUUCAGAUGAUGGAAGGAACUUUGGAGAGGAAGCAUCUGUUGCAGGCAGGAGGCAAGAAGGCAAAUUGUCGUUCCUGGAACACAUUCCAUACAGUACUGAUGAGACAAACUUUGUGUUUCUACCAGGACAAGAAAGACACCCUCAAGCAGAGUUCUGCAGUGGCCUUGCCGCUGAACCUCCGUGGAGCCGUUUGCACCCUAGAAACAGAGUAUAUCAAAAAGAACAACUGUUUCACACUACAGUUGAAGGAUGACUCCAAGUACCUCCUUAGAGCUCCUACUGAGCCACUCAUGCAGGAGUGGAUUACAAAAUUGCAGCAGAACUCAGGCUUACCUGAAGUGGACUUUUUCCAGUCAGCUUCCCAGACUGCCCAGGAGACGACCUCUGCUGUUAGUGUGAUUCCUAGCCAUGGAGUUCCCCACUUCCUUGGCCCUCAUCAGUCUCUCACAGCCAAGAGCCAAGAGGCCAUACUCUUACCCAGAUCAAGUGUCAGGCUGCAGCUGCCUUAUGAAAAUCAGGAUGACGUAUUGGAUUCAGCAGAAUCACGGACAGCAGAUAGCCAGAAAUCUGCUGCCAUUUAUACCACAGAUCACAGUCUGAGGCAGUGCUCUCCUACAGCAUCUACAAGGUCGCAGGAACCUUACAUUUUUGAGGAAGAGGACUAUGGGCUAGUGGCGAACAAGAGGCGAUCAUAUUCCUUUACCUCAGCUACGUACCAGAAGAUCACACCUUUGUCGGUGUCCAAGGAACCCUUGGGCCUUGGCAGCAGCUACUCAGUCACUCUGUACAUUGGAGAGCAGACACCGACUCCUCCCAGGCCUCGCUGCCAUUCCUUCAUCGCCUCUCCUGGUGGUGCCCGAGAAACCUUGGGUGAGAGGAGCCAAGGCGCCUCACCUCGCCAGAAGAACAAAUCUGUCUUCAGAAAGUUCUUUGGGAAGAAGGACUGAGAUACCAGCUCAUUCUCCUCAGCCAAGGAGUGGGAUUUGUGGCUGCAUGCAAGAGCUUGAACCUUCCUAGGACUGGGCCCAAUGGCUACCAGGGGACACUGUUGUGAUGGACCAUUGCUUGACAUUUGCUCUCUCUCUCUCUCUCUUCCCAAGGAGGUCAGGUGAGAGAGGUGGGACUGGUAGGCUCUGUGAAACAAUCCCUUAUCCCUCAGCCCUCUAUGCCAUUCAACUCAACCCUGAUAGGGGUAGCAACCCCAGGGAAUAGCAGCUGAAAGGGUCAAAGGUCUUCAGGGAGAAAGGAAAUUAAAAUUAAAAACCACCCCACCUAAUUCAUAUUGUUGCAGGGUAGUAUAUUCCAACUACCAUGGGCUUUUUCUCUACAAGCACAGAGCACAGCCUUUGUUUGACACACAAGCUAAUAUAGGAAAUCAGGUACUGUAAUACAUUCCCAGGCACAUACACAUUAAUGCUGUAUUUGUAUUCAAGGCAGGGGUUUGUGGAAGACUCAUGUUGCUUCUCUUCCUUCCUAACAAAUGUUUGCAUGGCUCAUGAUGGGAUCAAAAAAGGAAGCGCUUUCUCAGUAACAAUUAUCCUGACUACCGUAUGUUAUUUACACAGCCAUAUAGGGUUGCCUUUUGUUUUUUUAACUUGACCUGGUGCCUUUGCAGAUAUUAGCAGGGGAUAAUGUGUAAUUUCCUGAUUUCUGCAGGUCAGGCUUUGUAAAAUGCACAUGUCAACACGCACACACACACACACACACAGAGAGAGAGAGAGAGAGAGAGAGAGAGAGAGAGAGAGAGAGAGAGAGAGAGAGAGAGAGAGAGACCAGGCCAAGGAUUAUCUUGUGAGUCAGUCCUAAAGUCUGCAACAGAGGCCAGAGCAAAGGAAUUAUUUCUUGGGCAAAUUGGUACAUUACUAAUUUAGAAUGGGCAUGGAUUAAGGUUUGUGGAGGAAACUUUAAUCCAUGCCCAUGGAACUAGUUUUUUUGUUUUGUUUUGUUUUUGCACCUCAAAAAGAACAAUUUCUGUACCUACCCUUUUUAUGGUUCAGAAAUACAGGGUGAGUUCUCCAUUGUGUGUGUGCAUGCGUGCACAAGAAACCUUAAUGUUCUGCUUUCUUUUCUCCUGCACUAUGAUGCCUAAUGCAGCGGCAAUUAAGACUUGUUAAAUAGUCAGUUGCAUCUCCUCAAGAGACAUUAACACCACAUUAAAACACCAAUUGGC